GAAAUAUGAAUCUUCACGGGUCGUUCGUUUAGCAUUUUUGAAUACGUAUGUCGGCCAUGAUAGAAGGGUAAAAAGGUGAAGAAUUUGCCAACGCAUUUAUCUUUAAGCGUAUUAGAUUCCCUUUGACUUAUAAAAACUGUAAGCAGGACUAAAGUAUUGAGCACAGCUUUUGGAUCAUAAUUGUGCAGGAGAACAUGAAACCUUUAAGCGUAAACUAUCAUUUUACUAGACAAUGCAACUAUCAUUGUGGCUUCUGCUUUCAUACUGCCAAGACAUCGUUUGUUUUACCACUGGAAGAUGCCAAGAAAGGACUAAAAAUGCUCACGGAAGAAGGAAUGGAAAAAAUCAAUUUUUCUGGUGGGGAGCCAUUUCUUUACAAAAGAGGCAAGUUCUUGGGUGAACUAGUGCAGUAUUGCAAGCAAGACCUAUGUUUACCAAGUGUCAGCAUUGUUAGCAAUGGUAGUCUAGUCACAGAAAAGUGGUUCGACACAUACGGAGAGUACCUGGAUAUAUUUGCGGUGUCAUGUGACAGUUUCGAUGAGGAAACCAAUAGGAUAAUUGGACGUCAGCAAGGAAAGAAAAAUCACUUGGAAAGCCUUUACCGAGUUCGUGACUGGUGUGCUAAAUAUAAGGUGGCAUUCAAACUUAACACGGUGGUGAACGUCCACAACAAAGAUGAAGACAUAUACAAAAUCAUCUGGCCUUUUUCGUACAUGUUCUAGGUAUUUCAGUGCCUUUUGAUUGGAGGAGAGAACGCAGGAGAAACGGCAUUACGUCGAGCAGAAAAUAUGGUAGUCAGUGAUGAAGAGUUUCAAGCGUUUCUUGACCGCCAUUCCUCAGUCACGUGUUUGGUGCCCGAAUCCAAUAAACAGAUGAAAGACUCAUAUUUGAUGCUGGAUGAAUAUAUGCGUUUUCUGGAUUGCAGCAAGGGCAACAAAGACCCUUCUCGCUCUAUCCUGGAUGUCGGUGUUCAGAAUGCACUGUUGUUCAGCGGGUUUGACGAGGAAAUGUUUUUCAAAAGGGGAGGGAAAUAUACUUGGAGCAAAGCAGACCUAAAACUUGACUGGUGAACAUUCGGUGCAUUACUAUUAUGCAAAUACUUUAAAAAAGGUUGGCGAAGGUUUUGUUGCAUAUUGCACGUUGUAUGUUUACAUUGUAUGUUUCACUACAUGRGCUAUGUGAAUUUGAUAAGCGAAAGGUCACCACGACAUGGAGUUUUCCUUAAUCGUCUGCACAUUUUUCUGAUCUAUUUCCUUUGUGCUGACAUUAGUUCCAUACGAACAUAAUGCAUUCUAAGCUAAGUAAAUAGCAAGCAAAAUAACAUGCAACAUGCAACGAAACCUUCAGAUACUUUUUUUUGAAAUAGAUGUAUAUGUCUUGGGCUUGUUAGAACUUAUUAUAAGCACCCCUAUAUUGACGUAUAAUUUUUUUAUGGACAAUUACCACAAACAUUACACAAACMUAUCAGUUUAUCCACCAACACAAUYUUUUAUUUCUAGUUAAUUAUUUACGUAGUUAACUUUAUAUAACAAACGUUAGUUUGCAAACGCUUAAUGGUUAGAGUGCCUGGCAGUAUACCGGAUCGGACGUCAGGCGCUUUCUAUCCUAAUCUGAGAUGAAUUAUGACAAGGAGGAUCUAGGAAUCGGAGAAAGGGAAAAGAGGAAGGGAACCUCGUUAAGCCUCAUAGAGACUUCUAUGACUAACCGAAAUAAAAGGGAGGGCCGCGACCGCUUGGGCUCACCCAUAAAUCCGCCAUGUUUUCUAAUUUCUAGUUCCUUCUAUUAUAUUUGGAAAGGCAGGAGCCUCCCAAGCCUACUUGGAUCUUGAACUGUUUCAUUUCAGAUGCCAACUCGACCUAGUUUUUUUUUCUUGGACAUCGGAAUGGCUAGUAGGAUUAAGCAAAUAUCAAGAUUAUAUUAUUGUGAGGAGUCGUUAACAUGACACMAGAAGGAGUCUUGUUCCGGUACGAGUCCAUCCCCGGUUGCCAUAAAUUUCUUUGUAAUUGUUUUCACGGUACCAGAACGAAGUUUCGCACCGGAAAUAGUUUUUAUUUAUUUUAUUUUUUAUUUUUUCGUUAAAUUACAUUCAGCUCUCAAAGCUUGUAUGUGUUUCCAGUGAGUGCACGCGGGAGGUUGUUAAGCACGGAGAAAGCGUAAGAGUCGCACGAGGCAUACCCGAGUGCGACUCUAGCUUCUGAGUGCUAAUUAAGUAACCGACCAGUUCCUUUAAUAGAUCCGCUUCUGUUUGAUUGGUUAUCCUUGUUUUAUUCCUUGUCUUAUGAUAGGAAUGCUCUAUGCUCAUUACUAACUAUUUACGCUACAUUUAUAUGCUAAUAAAUAUUUUGUUGCUGUUGAAA